AUGAAGCUCGCCCUCCUCGCCCUCGCGGCCACCACGGCGCACGCCGCCUGCCCGAACUCGUGCAGCGGCCACGGCACGUGCGGCGCCGACGACACGUGCACGUGCUACCAGGACUGGGUCAUGGGCGACCAGGACGGCGGCGACUGCUCGGACCGCCGCUGCCCCUACCAGGUCGCCUGGUCGGCCGGCCCCGACAAGACGGGCAACAUCCACACGUACGCCGAGUGCGCCGGCGUCGGCGUCUGCGACCGCGGCUCGGGCGACUGCGAGUGCUUCGAGGGCUACGCGGGCCGCGGCUGCGGCCUCCAGACCUGCCCGAACGACUGCUCGGGCCACGGCAAGUGCGUCUACGCCGAGGACGUGACCUUCGGCACCGUCUACGGCGACUACGCCGGCGUCCCCGAUGCCAACGGCAACAUAGUUGCCAAUGGCAUCGGCGUCGGCGCCGCCAAGGUCCCCCAGAUGCCCAACUGGGACUCGGGCAAGGUGCGCAUGUGCGUCUGCGAGCCGGGCUACACGGACAUCGACUGCUCGCGCCGCAUGUGCCCCCAGGGCAACGACGUCAUGGACGAGCGCAACAACCUGGACCAGGCGCGCAAGAACCAGACGCAGACCGUGACGCUCAUCGGCGCCGGCGCGCUCGGCGACGGCAUCGCGAAGGACGGCGCGACGCAGUGCGGCGCAGCUAGCGACGAGACCAUCACCGACGCGUGCUUCGCCGACCUCUUCGACAAGUCGUUCGCCCUCACCUUCACGUCGAAGCUCAACCAGUCCUACACGACGAAGCCCAUCAUCGUCACGUCGAUCGCGACGGCCGCCGUGCAGGGGCUGUAUGACCUCGGAGCGAUAUCCGCGGCGACAAGGGAUGAUCUUCUUGCCAUCGGAGCUGGCGUUCAGUACCUGGUUGACACCGGAGCCACGAGCCCAUUCACUGGUCUCGCGUACCAACAGGUGGAAGCCGAUUUAUUCGUGGCCGCCGGCCGCGCCACCGCGCCGUUGACGACGUCGCUGGCCGUGAAGACGGCUCUGCACGAGCUCCCGAACUACGUCAUCGAUGACUGCGACGUGACCUGCACCUACGAAUGGGCCGCGGGCGUCAGCACGUACUACCCGUCCGUGAAGUGCGAGGUCGAGUUCACCGGGUCGUCCGUCGCGGGCCCCCAGUACCUCCUGGAGGUCGAGGCCGACAAGUGCGGCUCCGGCUGCACGCCCCAGCUGUCGGACCCGGUCCAGCUCAAGUCCGCCUUGGUGGCCUCGACGGCGGCGGAAUACUUCAAGGCACCUCCACCGACUGAGACGACUAUUGCUACCGGUAAUGCUGCUACUAAUGGGGGUGCUGUUAGUGAUACAGAUAUUGACGUGACUUUGAACACUGGCGGUCUUGGUGCGGUUGUUAAUUCUUACAUCCGGAUCGGCAGCGAGGUUAUGGUAGUGACUAACGUUGCUACUAACAAAUUGACAGUAAUCCGCGCUCAAGACGGCACGACGGCUGUUGCGCACGCCGAUGGGGCGAAAGUAUAUCUCUUGGCCGAGUCAGAAGUCGAUAACGGUGCUGGCUAUACUGCUAGUGAUACAACUAUUGCGGUGGAUCCGAACACUGGCGGUCUUGGUGCGGCUGCCAACGAUUACAUCCUAAUCGGCAGCGAGGUCCUAAAGGUGACCGGCGUCUCUACUAACGAUCUUACUGUACUCCGCGGUCAAGUCGGAACGACCGCGGCGACAAUCGCCGACGGGACAAAAGUAUAUCUCCUGGGCAGCAGCGCCCCUCAACUAAGCGCGCACCCGGACAUCCUCUCGAGCGUCAAGGAGACGGUCCAGGCCGACUACAACUCGUUCGAGUGCGGCCGCCGCGGCAAGUGCGACUACUCGUCCGGCGAGUGCGAGUGCUUCGAGGGCUACAUGGGCGACCGCUGCCAGACCCAGACGGCGCUCAUCUGA